AGACCCACUGCGAGACCGACACACACUCACACACACUCAAACACACAACCGCACGCAGCGAGGCUCGGGAAGUCAGGUCGCCUCCUCGCCUCGGCGCCUCCUCCGCUCCAGCCAGCCGGUCUCCCCCGGGGCCCUGAGCUCGGCCGGGCCGCGCAGCCCCAUCAAAGGACGAGCUCCGCGGACCCCGGUCCCUCCAUGGGCAAACGCGGGCGGCCGCGCAAGGAGGCGCGCUGCGAGGGCGCGGGGCAGGUCCCCGCCGCGCCCCCGGCCGUGGCCGCGCCCCAGCCCCCGGCCCAGGCCGAGGAGCCCGCGGGGGCCAAGCUCAGGUGCCCCUUCUCGGACAUUUUCAACACCAGCGAGAACUCGAUGGAGAAGCACAUCAACACUUUUCUGCAGAACGUGCAGAUUCUGCUCGAGGCCGCCAGCUACCUGGAGCAGAUCGAGAAAGAAAACAAAAAGUGUGAACAUGGCUACGCCUCAACGUUCCCCUCCAUGCCGAGCCCCCGGCUGCAGCAUUCAAAGCCCCCGCGGAGGUUGAGCCGGGCACAGAAACACAGCAGCGGGAGCAGCAACACCAGCACUGCCAACAGGUCUACGCACAAUGAGCUGGAAAAGAAUCGACGAGCUCAUCUGCGCCUGUGUUUAGAACGCUUAAAAGUUCUGAUUCCACUAGGACCAGACUGCACCAGGCACACAACACUUGGUUUGCUCAACAAAGCCAAAGCACACAUUAAGAAACUUGAAGAAGCUGAAAGGAAGAGCCAGCACCAGCUAGAGAACUUGGAACGAGAACAGAGAUUUUUAAAGCGGCGACUGGAACAGCUGCAGGGUCCUCAGGAGAUGGAGCGAAUACGAAUGGACAGCAUUGGAUCCACUAUUUCUUCAGAUCGUUCUGAUUCAGAGCGAGAGGAGAUUGAAGUGGAUGUUGAAAGCACAGAGUUCUCCCAUGGAGAAGUGGACAAUAUCAGUACCACCAGCAUCAGUGACAUUGAUGACCACAGCAGCCUGCAGAGUAUUGGGAGUGACGAGGGUUACUCCAGUGCCAGUGUCAAACUUUCGUUCACUUCCUAGAACCCAGCAUGACAACAGUGCAGGGCAAAAUAUUCACUGGGCCAAUUCAAUCCAAACAAUCUCCUAAAUUGGGUUCAUGAUACAGUCUCCUCUUUAAAACUAAACAAAACUAUACUUGAACAAAAGGGUCAAAAGACCUCUAUUUAAGUAAAUACUUAGCAAAAAGUGGGGCAGAGCCUCCCCAGCAGAACAAAUAUUCAUAAUAUUCAUAUUUGAAAAUCACAAUUUCUAAUGGCAGCAGAAAACUUGUGUGAAGUUUUCUUUAUUUGAUUUAGUUGAUUUGAAAGAGGACAUUGGAGAUUCCAUCCUCUUUUUCUUUUCUAGUUUGCUCAUACCGCAUUGAGUAAACACACUUAAGGUUGGGAUUAUGAACCCUUCCUGAGCUUUAUGGUCCUAAAAACAAACAAAAUCAAACCUAUAGUAAUGACAAGACAAGAUAAUCAGGCAUUAAUCUUGGAUAGCUAAAGAGCUAUUAAAACUCAGCCUGGGACAGCUUAUCAUGAAGCCUGUGGAUGAUCAAUUCUUAAAAAAAAAAAAAAAAAGCUCAUUUCAUGCUCUGCCAAAGGAGAGACUCCCAUGAAGCCUUUUGAAAGGGAUCAUCAUGCAGCUCAGCUUUCUGUUGGAUUCCAUGCUAAGCAAGCUAACCUUAUCCUGCAUUGUUAGCACUAGGGCACCCAACCGCCAGCUCAACAGUCAGCUGCUCUUAGGCUCUUGGGCAGCAUGGGGCAGUCUGUACAUGACAGCCUCUACCACACAGGGCCUGAGUUUGGAUUGAGGGGCCAGAAGGAAAAAGCUUCACAUGCCUCUGUGUCUGCGUGGGCCAGAAGAGUUGUGCACGCAGAUUAGCAGGCCAAGGUCUGAGCCACAGCAGCAUUUUUAUUUCAGAUUUUGAUAACUGUUUGUAUGUGUUGAAAACCAAAAUGACAUCUUUUUAAAGCUUGUCCAUAAAAACAUAGAUGUCUUUUAUAGUGGAAAAACACAUGGGAAAAAAUCAUCUAUUUUGAUGCAGCAUUUGAUAAUGAUAACACCUCACACCUCACUCUUUAUAGUGCACAAAAUAAAUGAGGUCUGGGCUACGUAGAAAAAAGGUCAAUGCUGUUUUUGUUUUGUUUUAGAAUCAUUACCUUUUACCAGCUUUUAACCAUCUGAUAUCUAUAAUAGACACACUAUCAUAGUUAACAUAGUUAAGUUUGGCACUUGUCUCAUUUUAAUGUAAAGAUUUGCUUCCGUUCUCCUACGGGCUGUCUCUCUCUUCCUCACAAUCCCGCUGUGCAGGUGCUAUUGUUGCUCUUAUCAAUAUUUUCAGAAACGUUAUUUUCUUUUAAGUGAAAUUUCUAGCCUGCACUUUGAUGUCAUGUGUUCACUUUGUCUUUCAAACUCCAAGGUUUCCCCCUGGCCCUCUCCCUUACCCCAGGAAGCCUUCUUGGAGACCUUACCCCUGGAUCUUUGGACUUUGUAUACUUUAAAUAAUUUAACUACCCUUAAUUACUUAAAAAAAAAAAGCUUUAUGAUUUUCAUAACUUAUUGCUGAUUUUAAUGGGUUGUUAAUUUCAGUCCUGUAGUUUUAUUUUGUUUUAGAUAGGGCUGGGCAAGGAAAAAGAAAAUAAAGACAACCAUAUUUAGCAGUGA